AUGGCAGGUAAAGUUCAGUGUCAGGAAACUACUAUUUAUGGAUACUUCUCAUUCUGUAAACGCAAAAAGCGUUGUAUGCUUGUAGGUCUUUGCAUCCCUUCUUGUUUAUUGAUUAAAAUUUUUAGGAUGUACUCUAGUCAGAACCAAUUCGGCAGGUUCCUGUGCUUCUGGUUAAGCGGUGUACAAAUUGGUAAUACAGCCGAUAACAAUGGGGUGUGGAUUAUUUUAUGUUCCACACAAUCAUCUAGGUACAGAAUAAAUAAUUUUAGACAAUCACUCCAAAUUGAAAACAGAUUGACAAGUGCUGACUAUCUUUGCUGCCAGCUGCUAGUCUUCAAGGUUGAGAGUGAUUCUUUUCGACAUCGUUUUCGUCAACAUCUUUCUCAUCCCUUUGUAGUAGAGACGCCUUCAAAGUAUCAUUGUCGAACUCUCAAGCUGGUUUUUGUACGUUAA